GAUUUGCUCCAGACCUGCAGUCACAGGUUGCGGUCUCCCCCUAAACUGCCCUUAUAUCAGCAUCAUAAAGAUGCACCGCAUCGCUUGCUGCGUUGCGACCACUCGCUCGAGGCUCGCUCCUCCACACUCCUCUUCUCUCGCCCGGCUGACAUACCCCGAAAGCUCUGCACAACGAUGGUGGGUCGCUGUCCGAUUCUUUAUGGAGUCGUGCGAGGGUGUUGAGGCACACGAUUGCCAGACAGGACACGAUGAUCAUCGAGAGGCACACCUCCAUAGUCUGCGAUUGGCGUUGGGCUCCAUAGUCGCUCCGGUGCGUUGCAUGUCUCUUUCUCGCUACUGGUCCUCUGCGUUAGGAGCGUCAAGGACCACAUUAUCAAGAUGUCUAAUAUUUUACACGUUGUAUAGAAACGGCCGCCUUAUGGCCGAUCCUCCUCGACUUCAUCGGGCACCGCUAGCCCAGCGCUACACCACCCGAGUUCAGCCAGUCCCUUCCACACUCCUAACACUACAGGAGCUUCGACUCCACAAACCGCCUCACCGUCGCGAACGGACACUGCAGGCGUGCUCGCCAUCCCUGCGCCCACCACUUCUCCCGAGCCGGAAGUGCCCUCAGCAGUAGCGCAUGGUUGCAAUGCCACCGGUACUAGCACCGGUCGCCGCACGGAUUUCAUUGCAACGCUCCAGUCGAAGAGUGCGUGGGAUGCUUUGAUCCAUGGGUCAUGGGUGUAGACCUUUGAGGGCGUUGGCACCAGUUUGGGCGUGGCGUGGCUCGGACUUAUCUGUAGUAUAUGUGAUAAUUCUCUUUACUAUGUCUAGUCGUAGAUUUCGCAUGCUGUGUGUACAUCGCUUUAACAUUUGUUUUGUACAUGAACGGUCUCCUCUGGAUGUACAUACACGUAGAGUCUCUGUUACGUUUCCUUUUUUUCUCACACUGCGGGAGAAGAUAGGCAUGGCUGAUCCGACUCAAGCGAUGCUCCCCGGUGAGACCAGGCAG